AUUCCGAUCAGCAGGGUCCAGGGACUGUUGCGGGUUCUUGGACAGGGGUUGUUUCUGCUGCUGUGUCAGUGAGCGCAACUAUUCCGAUCAGCAGGGGCCAGGGACCAUUGAGGGUUCUUGGGCAGGGGGAGAAACAAAACAAACCAAAACUGCAGGUGGUUUUGUCUUUCAGAUGGGAAACACUCAGGCAUUAACAGGCUCACACUUGAAAUGCAUACUAAGCCACUGGGACCAAUUUGACCCACAAACCCUGAAGAAGAGGUGGCUCAUUUUUUCCUGCACUACGGCUUGGCCCCAAUAUUCUCUCUCUGAUGGGGAAAAAUGGCCACCUGAGGGAAGUACAAAUUACAAUACUGUCCUGCAGCUUGACCUUUUCUGUAAGAGGGAAAGCAAAUGGAGUGAAAUACCUUAUGUCCAAGCUUUCUUUUCAUUGAGGGAGAAUACACAACUAUGCAAAGCUUACAAUUUACAUCCCACAGGAGGACCUCUCAGCUUACCCCCAUAUCCUAGCCUCCCUAUAGCUCCCCUUCCUAUUAAUGAUAAGCCUCCUCUAAUCUCCCCUGCCCAGAAGGAAAUAAGCAAAGAAAUCUCCAAAGGACCACAAAAACCCCUGGGCUAUUCGUUAUGGCCCCUUCAAGCUGUACAGGGAGGGGAAUUUGGCCCAACCUGGAUACAUGUCCCCUUCUCCCUCUCUGAUUUAAAACAGAUCAAGGCAGACCUGGGGAAGUUUUCAGAUGAUCCUGAUAGGUACAUAGAUGUCCUACAGGAUCUAGGGCAAACCUUUGACCUCACUUGGAGAGAUGUCAUGCUACUGUUAGAUCAAACCCUGGCCUUUAAUGAAAAGAAUGCGGCUUUAGCUGCAGCCCGAGAGUUUGGAGAUACCUGUUAUCUUAGUCUAAAUGAUAGAAUGACAGCUGAAGAAAGGGACAAAUUCCCUACCAGUCAGCAAGCCAUCCCCACUAUGGAUCCCCAAUGGGACCUUGAUGCAGAUCAUGGGGACUGGAGUCGUAAACAUCUGUUGACCUGUGUUCUAGAAGGACCAAGGAGAAUUAGAAAAAAGCCCAUGAAUUAUUCAGUGAUGUCCACCAUAACUCAGGGAAAGGAAGAAAAUCCUUCUGCCUUCCUCAAGUGGCUACGAGAGGCCUUAAGAAAAUAUACUCCCCUGUCACCCGAAUCCCUUGAGGGUCAAUUGAUUCUAAAAGAUAAGUUUAUUACCCAAUCAGCCACAGAUAUCAGGAGAAAGCUCCAAAAGCAAGCCCUGGGUCCUGAACAAAACCUAGAGGCAUUAUUAAACCUGGCAACCUCAGUGUUUUAUAAUAGGGACCAAGAGGAACAGGCCCAAAAGGAAAAGCGAGAUCAGAGAAAGGCCGCAGCCUUAGUCAUGGCCCUCAGACCAACAAACCUUGGUGGUUCAGAGAGGACAGAAAAUGGAGCAGGCCAAUCACCCGGUAAGACUUGUUAUCAGUAUGGUUUACUAGGACACUUUAAAAAAGAUUGUCCAAUGAGAAACAAGCUGCCCCCUUGUCCAUGUCCACUAUGCCAAGGCAAUCACUGGAAGGUGCACUGCCCCAGAGGAUGAAGGUUCUCUGGGUCAGAAGACCCCAACCAGAUGAUCCAACAAUAGGACUGAGGGUGC